AUGACGCAACAAAAAAACCUUUCAGGUGAUCAACUUGCCAUAGGUAAGGAAACAGGAAGACGUCUCGGGAUGGGAACUAACAUGUAUCCUUCUUCAUCACUUCUCGGUGAAAAUAAAGAUGGAUUGGGUGUUGUCGCUGUUGAUGAUCUCAUUGAGAACGCUGAUGGUUUUGCUGGAGUCUUUCCUGAGCACAAGUAUGAGAUUGUGAAGAGGUUACAAGCUAGAAAACACAUUUGUGGGAUGACUGGUGAUGGGGUGAAUGAUGCACCUGCCCUGAAGAUAGCAGACAUAGGUAUUGCUGUAGCAGAUGCUACAGAUGCUGCCAGAAGUGCAUCUGACAUAGUCCUAACAGAACCUGGGUUGAGUGUAAUCAUAAGCGCAAUAUAUGCUAUAUCUAUCACUAUUCGUAUUGUGCUUGGUUUCAUGUUACUAAACAGCUUUUGGAAAUUUGACUUUCCUCCCUUUAUGGUUCUUGUCAUUGCCAUUCUCAAUGACGGAACCAUCAUGACAAUAUCUAAAGAUAGGGUUAAGCCCUCUCCAAUUCCUGAUAGUUGGAAGCUUAGUGAAAUUUUUGCAACUGGGAUUGUUCUUGGCAGCUAUCUGGCUCUAAUGACUGUGAUCUUCUUCUAUAUAGUUGUUGAAACAGACUUCUUUCCUAACCAUUUUGGUGUGAGACACUUUCACUAUGAUCCAAAUUCUAACGGUAGUGAUCCAACCAAAAGAAUGUUGGGAUCUGCUGUCUAUCUUCAAGUUAGUACCAUUUCUCAAGCCUUAAUUUUCGUUACACGGUCAAGGGGUUGGUCCUACACAGAAAGGCCUGGUCUUUUGCUUGUGACUGCUUUCAUCAUUGCUCAAGCGAUUGCAACUGUUAUAUCUGCCACUCUCACUUGGAAUGUUGCUGGGAUCAAAAGUAUCGGUUGGGGCUGGACAGGAGUCAUUUGGUUAUACAAUACUAUAACUUAUUUAAUUCUAGAUCCUUUAAAGUUCGCUGUUCGUUAUGCACUAAGUGGAAGGGCUUGGAAUCUGGUUGUAAACCAAAGGACUGCAUUCAUCAACAAAAACGACUUUGGUAGAGAAGCUCGUGAGGCUGCAUGGGCUACUGAGCAGAGAACCUUACAUGGCCUCCACUCUGCUGAGCCAAAAGGGUUUACAGAUAAGCACACCUUCAGAGAAAUUAAUACAUUGGCAGAAGAGGCAAGGAGGCGAGCAGAGAUUGCAAGGCUCAGAGAGCUUCAUACUCUAAAAGGUAGAGUGGAAUCAUUUGCGAAGCUAAGGGGUUUGAACAUAGAUGCCAUGAACGGACACUACACUGUCUAA